AUCUUCUGCGGAAUGGCAAUCUGACAGGAGGGGCUGGGUUCUGCCCCUCAUCGUCACCAUGCUGGUCCUGCUGUCCCUUAUAUUACUGAGCGUCAUGGCAACCAAGUUUUCAGGAGUGAAACACGAACAAAGGCGACUGGACAAGGAGGUCAUGAAGUGCAGAGGUGAGGUGAAAGUAUUCAACCGGAACAUUGCGGAGAACCAAAAACAAGUCACACAUCAGCUGGAAGAAGUGGAAGGAAACAGUUCUGUCUUAUUUGAGGAAAUGGAAAAACUGCAAAACCAUACCUUGAGCAGUUUAGCAGAGAUCCAGACUGUUUUGAAGACAGUUCUUUUGGGACUGAGGCACGAUGUGGUGAACGAGUUUAAAGAAGUCUGCACCAGAGAUGAAAACGCUUCAGGGUAUACAUGCCAGCCGUGUCCCGCAGGGUGGCAGCACAAUGGCACCUGCUACUACUUUUCUAAGCAGACCAAAAACUGGAUGGAGUCCAGAGAUGAGUGCGAAGGGAAAGCCUCUCGUCUGAUUGUCAUUAAGGACCAGGAACAACUGGACUUUGUAUUUGGCCAGAUGAAAGGCAACAAAUUCUGGAUUGGACUAAGCGACAAAGUCCUUGAAGGAAACUGGAUUUGGGUAGACGGCUCCCCAGUUACAAUGCCACUUUGGAGUAGCGGUGAGCCAAACGAUUCCAAUCAAAACGAAGACUGCGCUGAGGUUUCCUCGGACCAGGCGAAAUGGAACGACAUUUCAUGCGAUCAGCUGAAGCACUUUGUUUGUGAAAAGAAAGCAGUGCCGUUUUUCAUUUAAAUUUACAACAAAUCCUGCCUGCAUUUUCAUGUGGCAUGAUGUGAUGAAUUGUUUUUAAAGGGGAUCCACUGAGACGUACCUCGUAAUACAGAACUAGCUUGGCUAUGGAAGGAAGGUGCUGCUGCAUGAAUAUUCACUCUAGUGUCUUGCUUGCUCUGUCUUGUUACAGUCUUUUCAGAAUUUGUCUUUGCUCUUGAACAGUGGAGCGUUUCAGCACAGAUGCAGCCAUUUGAGUUGAGUUCCCAAUUUAUUUUAUUCCUGAUUUUCUCCAAAAUGUAGACGGUCCAGUUCCCCUCAACAGCUCAGGAGACCUAAAGGUCAGCUGUUUUUACUUCCAGUUGUAUAAAUAACAAUUUUAAAGAUCUGA